UUUCGCAUUCCAACAUUUCGUCUCUGUCUUCACACACAAACACACAACACACGGAGAUCUCCAUUCAAAUGUAUAUUUACAGUUCCUAUUUGUAGAAAAAAAAUUCCAAUUAAUUUAUCAGCUUUUCUGUAAUCACAGAAUGGCGGCGAAUUUCAGCUGGAAAAAAUCAUGAGGGGAAGGAGCUUGUGAUUGUUUUUCUUAGCAAUCUCCGAUUCUAGAUCUCCGUCGAUUCGUCGGCGGAAAUAAUUUUCUGUUGCGUUCUUGGAUUCAAGGACUUUUAGAUCGGUAUUUAGGCAGCUAAUAGAUUUUGUUUGAGGCGAAAAUGCCGGGGCAUGGGAAUCUGGAUAGGCAAAUAGAGCAAUUGAUGGAGUGCAAGCCGCUAUCGGAGGCGGAGGUGAAGAUUUUGUGCGAUCAGGCGCGGGCGAUUCUGGUGGAGGAGUGGAAUGUGCAGCCAGUGAAAUGCCCCGUCACUGUGUGCGGCGAUAUCCACGGACAAUUUUACGAUCUGAUCGAGCUGUUCCGGAUUGGCGGCGAUGCUCCUGAUACGAAUUAUCUCUUUAUGGGGGACUACGUAGACCGUGGGUACUAUUCUGUGGAGACGGUCACACUCUUAGUAGCCUUGAAAGUUCGUUAUAGAGAUCGAAUCACAAUCCUCAGAGGAAACCAUGAAAGUCGGCAAAUCACUCAAGUGUAUGGGUUCUAUGAUGAGUGCUUGAGAAAGUACGGCAAUGCCAAUGUAUGGAAGUCUUUCACUGAUCUAUUUGAUUAUUUGCCGUUGACAGCACUUAUCGAAAGUCAGGUCUUUUGUUUGCAUGGAGGUCUUUCACCAUCACUGGAUACCUUGGAUAACAUUCGAGCUUUAGACCGCAUACAGGAGGUUCCACAUGAAGGACCAAUGUGCGACCUUUUAUGGUCUGAUCCAGAUGAUCGCUGCGGAUGGGGCAUAUCACCACGUGGGGCUGGCUACACCUUUGGACAGGAUAUAGCUGCUCAGUUCAACCACACGAAUGGCCUCACCCUAAUUUCAAGGGCCCACCAGCUUGUGAUGGAGGGUUUCAAUUGGUGCCAGGAAAAGAAUGUGGUGACAGUGUUUAGCGCCCCAAACUACUGCUACCGUUGUGGAAACAUGGCUGCAAUACUAGAAAUCGGGGAGAACAUGGAGCAGAACUUCCUUCAGUUUGAUCCAGCUCCCCAGCAGAUUGAGCCUGACACAACCCGCAAAACUCCAGACUACUUCCUGUGAGCUCCGAGGUCAGUCAAUAUUACGGUGGAUGUGUCUUAAGAGGAAAAAGAAAAGUAUUGUUAUUCGAGGAUUACUGUCGACGGCAUUCUUUGUUUGGAGUUAGGACCUGCUCCCGAAUUCCCGUUUCGUUCUCUCCGUAACUAACCAUGGCAGGGAGAAUGUUUUGUAUAUUUUGCCCCAAAUCCAACUCAAAGCUGAAAAGCAAUUUAUAUGGUGUUAUGUAAUUUAAAAAGGCUUUGAUAGGAUCCACAUUUUUAGAAAGAUCACAAAUAGCAUUGAAAAUAAACUCAUUGCUUGCCUGGAAUUAGUUUGUAGCGAAGACAACAACGAUUGGAAAUGAGAUCCCAGUCGAACUUGAGGAAGGUACGAAAUUGAGAGGAUUGAUGGUGGAAUGGGUGCCACAAGAGCUAGUUCUAAGGCAUAAGUCAGUUGGGGCGUUUUUCACGCACAGUGGAUGGAACUCGACUAUUGAAAGUAUAGUGAUUGGGGUCCCGAUGCUUUGCUGGCCUAAUUUCGCGGAUCAGAUGGUGAAUAGUAGGUUUGUGAGUGAGGGGUGGAAGAUAAGAUUGGAUUGGAUGUGAAAGAUACUUGUGAUAGGCUGUUGAUUGAGAGGAUGGUUAGAGAGGUGAUGGAAGUUAAGAGAGAUGAGUUGUUAGAGAAGGAUCUUCACACAUCAAUUUGAACCGAUUGAUUCAGUUUUUCAAGUCCACCGCAUAAUGAACAUUUUCUUUAUCAUCUAUGUAUUACGAUUACUUUUUUUGUGUGUGUUAUUCGUAUGUUGCAAUGUUGGCUGAUUUAUUUUGAGUAUGCAAUCAAAUGACUUUGUUUUUGUUAA